AUGAAUUCUUUGUAUGUUGGUGACCUCCACCAAAAUGUCACAGAGGCAGACCUAAACGAGAUGUUUAGUGAGGCUGUACCAAUCUUUUCUGUUUGUGUAUGUAGGGAUCGGGAUACACAUCGUUCCCUCGGGUACGCCUACGUUAACUUUUAUCAGCAAGACAAUGCUGAUCGUGCCCUGCUCAUGUUCAGCAAUGAUAUGCUCGAAGGAAGAUAUCUGCGCAUCAUGAGUUCUGAUCCUGACUGUACCCUGAGGAAGAGUGGCGUGGGAAACAUCUUCAUCAAGAACCUGGACAAGCAGUCUAUAACAAACAAAAACCUGUACGAGACCUUCUCAGCAUUUGGAGACAUCUACUCUAGCAAGGUAGUUUGUGAUGAGAAUGGCCAUUCCAAAGGUUAUGGUUAUAUUCAGUACAAGACCCAGGAGGCUGCUGAUAGAGCCAUCGAGAAAUUAAAUGGCAUGUUAAUGGAUAACGAAAAAGUGUUUAUCGAGCACUUUAAGUCACGCAAAGAGCGAGAGGAGGUGCUUGGAGCCAAGGCCAGAGAGUUCAACAACGUGUUUGUCAAGAAUCUUGGCAGAGACACGAACGAUGAGAAACUGAUUGAGCUUUUUAGAAAAUAUGUAAAGAACCUGGAUGAUGCCUUUGAUGAUCACCGUUUAAGGAAGGAGUUUUCUGCAUUCGGAACAAUCAUCAGCGCCAAGGUGAUGACGGAGAGCGGGCGCAGCAAAGGCUUUGGCUUUGUUUCCCUCUCCUCCCCCGAGGAGGCCACCAAGGCUGUGACGGAGAUGAAUGGCCGUAUUGUGGGAACCAAGCCGCUUUACGUGGCCCUGACUCAGCAAGGAACAGCGGCAACAAUACCUGACAGACCGGUACAAGCAGAGGUCAGUAUCAUGGCAGUGCCCAACCCCAUCAUCAACUCCUACCAGCCUCCUAUUCCCACCUUUUACUCCAAUGUGCACAUUCCACAGGCCCAGUCCCAUGCAGCUGCCUACUACUUCAGCAACCAACUGGUUCAGCUGAGUUCCAGCCCUGGCAUGAUGACCGUUGAGCGGAUAGCAACUCAGGCCUUGGGCCAGCGCCCACAUCAUCCUGCCAGUGCAGAUGCAGCCACUGCCAUGAGCAAACCUCAGUACAAGUACAUGUGA